CUGAUGGAGCUGGAGGACCAGUGGUGGAAAGGACGGGUCGCUACCGAUAUCCACCAGGCUCUUCGCAUCAAGGAGCUGAAACUACUUCCCUACAAGUGUCGGUCCCCUCAGCUGAAUGUCAGACGAUAUUUUGCAGAUUUUCUUGCAAUCAUCAGCAAUCAUUUUCAUCUUUGCCCCACUGCUCGUCAUCUGGCUGUUUAUCUUCUAGACUUGUUCAUGGACCGCUAUGAUAUUUCUGUGCAGCAGUUACAUCUGGUGGCACUCUCCUGUUUACUUUUAGCAAGCAAGUUUGAGGAAAAAGAGGAUCGUGUACCCAAACUUGAGCAAUUCAACCGCCUCAGUUGUAUGACCAGUGUGAACUUGGUGUUAAACAAACAGACCUUGUUGCAUAUGGAGCUACUGUUACUGGAAACCUUUCAGUGGAAUCUCUGCCUACCAACUGCUGCCCACUUCAUUGACUACUACCUCUCCAUUGCUGUCCACGAAACUGAUCUUCAUGAUGGAUGGCCUAUGCUUUACUUUGAGAAGACCAAGUUGUACACUGAAAAGUACUCGGGCUACUUUCUAGAAGUGUCUUUACAGGAUCAUGGCUUUCUAAAUUAUUUCCCUUCAGUAGUUGCUGCUGCUUGCAUAGCAGCAUCUCGUGCUGUUCUCAGACUUUCUCCUUUAUGGCCUGUCCGGCUGCAUCGUCUGACUGCUUAUGCAUGGGAAACGCUGUUACCUUGUGUUGAGCAUCUGUUGAUUGCUCACGACAAUGACGUAAAAGAAGCCAGUAAACAGAAAGGUGGUCAAUCAGUUUUGGAAAUCGGACAGACAACUUUCUCAGCUCACUCCACAGUUUCCCCCCAAACCCGGAAUGAGCUGCAUGCUCCAUCGUACUUGCACACAAACCUGCUGCAGUAUUCCCUUCAACAGCCAUUGCAACUGAAUUGCCAAGGUACUUUUCCAACCGGGCAGAUAUCAAGAUGCACAGUGCCACCACAUCCUUCAAAUAUCCAGGCUAAUCCUCCAUCUCAUGGACACAUGCAAACUAAUGCUGCAGUACCCUUAGCUACAAAUGUAGAAGUUAAAUCUUCUAUUAAUAUUCCUUGUAAUCAGGUCUAUGAAAUUAAUGGUCACUUAAACCUGAAUAGUAACAUCCAUUAA